UAUUUAUUUUAAAUAUAUAAUAUUAAUUUAUACACGUAUUUCUAUAAAAUAUAAUUAUUAAAUUUAAAAUAAUUAAUUUAGAAUAAUAAAUAAUAUUCUAUAAAUCAAAAUUCUCUUAUAAAAAAAAUACUUCUUUUGCUCAUUUAUUCUGAGUCUUCUGUGUUUGGUCCUGAAACAUUAUUAAAAGUAAACACGUGACCAAAUUCACCAAUUGGGUAAUCCAAAUUACCUUUCGGCCCUCAACAAAAUUUCAGACCAUGUGCUGGGAAACCAAGGGCAUUUAAGGAAUAACACGUGUCUAGGUGAAAACAAGUGCCCAGAAACCUUAGAAUUUAGAGCAAAACCAUCAAACUCUGGACACCCAAAAAUGCUUAAUAAAUAAUCAUAACCAAUCCAACAUCUUCAUCAAUUCAUCCAAAGCUUAAAAAAAUCUUUUAGACCUAUUAUCUGUUGUUAUAAUUUCUUUCAUUUGAAGUUAUCUUUAAUUAUCAUAAAAUACAAUGGCAAAGAAUGCAGCUCAAUCUUCCCUUGACCAGAGGCUGGCCAUGGCUAAACGCUGUUCUCAUGAAGGUGUCAAAGCAGGAGCUAAGGCAGCUGUUGUUGCUACUAUUGCCACUGCCAUUCCAACUCUUGCUAGUGCAAGAAUUCUGCCUUGGGCAAAAGCCCAUCUCAACCACACUGCUCAGGCCCUCAUUAUCUCCACAGUGGCUGGGGCUGCAUAUUUCAUAGUUGCUGACAAGACUGUUCUGGCAACAGCUAGGAAAAAUUCCUUCAAGCAAAAUCACCAUUGAUAGAGAAUCAUAUAAGAACUUCAAAUUCGGAUUUAUAGGACUAAUUAAUUAGUGUUCCUUGUAUACACAUGUACCAACAUGUCUUGAUCCUUCAUGUAUUAUUACACUUGCUACUUUCAAUAGCCCCAAUGUAUGUGUAUACAAGGAUUAAUAAAAAGAAUUUCAAAGCUAAAA